GUCAAAAGCCCACGGAAAACAUAAAUAAAGGAAACUGUUUGUUGUUAUAAAUAAUUCAGCAUUUGAUAAUUGUGAGCUUAGGAGUCUAUUUACCAUUAAAAUUCAACUUGGUUUACAAAUAGUCAAGGAACUAAGAUGAAAUGUAAGUUUGGCCGAAAUGCUACCUUUAUUUUAAUGUUGGUAAUAACAAUGUCAUUUUUUAUUGUGGAGCUUGUUGUUGGUUAUAUGACUAAAUCAAUGGCAUUGGUUGCUGACUCCUUUCAGAUGUUAUCGGAUACAGUCUCUAUUAUUGUUGGCUUUGUUGCUUUUCACUGUUCGAAGCGUAGUGAAACUUCCAGCCGAUUUACAUAUGGCUGGGUUCGUGCUGAAAUACUUGGAGCUUUAGUUAAUUCAGUAUUUCUUGCUGCUCUUUGUUUUACAAUUCUCAUAGAAUCAUUUAAGCGGUUUGCUAUUCCAGAAAGAGUUGAAAAUCCUAAACUUGUUCUUAUAGUCGGAGCAGUUGGUUUGCUUGUUAAUAUAAUUGGAUUGUUUCUUUUUAAUCACCACAGUAAUGGCCAUUCAAAUAAUAGUGAAUCUGUUGAAAAAGGACAUAAUAAUGAAGUUGUAGACAAUAUUGUUGCUGAAUUCCCAUUAGUUGAUAGUAGUGAAGUGGUUAUUUAUGAUAGUGAUAAAAGCAAUUCCCAAGUACCUCAAGUUGUAAGUAAUAAUGAAAAUAAUAAAAAAAAAUUAGGAGCAUCUCGUCUAAAUAUUCGUGGAGUUUAUUUGAAUAUUCUUGGAGAUGCUUUAGGGUCAGUGAUUGUUGUGAUAAGUGCACUUAUCAUUAUGUUUGUAAAAGCAGAUUGGACUAACUAUGUUGAUCCUGCUAUGAGCAUUAUAAGUGUGAGCAUCAUUUUGGCUUCAUCUUUUUCUUUACUGAAAGAAUCAAUUAUGAUUCUUAUGCAAACCUCUCCUAAAAGUAUUAAACAAAAAGAUAUAGAAGAACAUAUUUUGCAAAAAAUACCUUCUGUUAUUGGUAUCAAAAAAUUUCAUGUUUGGCAGUUAACAGGAGACAAAAUAGUUGCUUCCAUUCAUGUUACAUGUAAUGCAAGUGUUGACUACAUGUUCAUUUCUAGCCAGAUAAAGGAUCUUCUACACAAAAAAGGAAUUCACUCAUCAACCAUUCAGUUAGAGCAUAAAAAAAAUCUUGAUUCAUUAGCUUAUCAAGUAAAGUCUAAUGAAGCCUUAUGUUUAUCAAAUGAAAUAAAUACAGAAAACAAACUUGUUUUGGUAAACGAGUCAGUGGUAUGUGAUAUGGAAUCGUCUGUAUUGCACAUUUCAAAUAUGUCAUGAUAUAUCAAAUGUUUAUUACUAUAUCAAAUUAAUGUCAAUAUUUAUGAAUUCUUAUUUAUUUUGUUUUUAUAAUUUGUGUGUAUGUUUGUGUGUCUAUAGUUUUAAAUGUGAGACUUUUUCAAAACUUAUAAGUGUUAAAAAAAAAAU